AUGCUCAGGAAUAAUAGACCCAACUCCUCCCUGGAAUAUCUCCGCCCCAGUCCAGUGAGAGGUCAGUUGGAACCCCAAGAUCCCAAAACAACCAAAGGAUGGCGAUAUCUUCAAACAACUGAUACACUUGAUGAAUUGAAGGUCCUCAUCCCGCCUAAUACGGCGUCAAUGUACGAGCAACUACUGAAGUUAGAGACUCUGGAAUUGGCCAAAAAGUCUGUGACUUGGGACCGUCUCUUAGAAAUCCGGCACUUGAAGGAUCGAAUGAUACGCAAAUGCCAGAAACUGUCCAAGACUCCUCCAGCUAGGCGGAUUGGUCAUGGAGACCCGUUUACUUUCCAGACUCUCGUUGCUCCCGUCGAUUUUCGGCUCAAAGAGAUGGAGAAAUGGUUUCGACAACAACAGACUCGAAUCUCUUCAGUGGGCACCCAACGACCGACUGGUCACACACACAAAGCCAAUCCGCGGAACUCGUAUUGUUGUGCGCGUUGUGCAUCCAAUCCACAAUAUCGACAUCAUUCAAAGGCCAAACUGUCAUCGUUUGACAAUGUGACUCCCAUACCAGCUUUCACAGAGGAACCAGAGCCUAUGAUUCCUAGUCCGUCCCCUACCCCUCCAAAGGCUAUUUCCCCAGAGCCUCUUCCUCACCUUCUCAGGAGCAGCAUGGCGAUGGCGCUGAUGAAUCAGAAUUACACGACAACAACGGUUACAACAACGCUACAGGCGGAGACUGCUACAAGGCCGGAAGGCACCGUUUCAAAAAUCGAGAGCACGUCCCAUAAACUGCGCCAUCAGAGGAGCUGCAUUAAACGGUCUAAUACGGGGGAUUCAGUCAAGACCGUGUCGUGGGCAGACGAUCGAGACUUGAUGGAACGGGUAGGAAAGUUCACGAACGCGACUAAAGAGGCCCAGGAGAUAGGCACGUCAAUUUACACAUUUCUUUAUCGUGACGAUGAAUGGGAGGACAUACGGCAAGCGUACGUGAACCACAUGGAUCACCUCGAGUCCCUCGAGGAGCAGGUUCAGAACAGCCUGCGGCGACUACAGAUCGAAAGUGAAACCCUACAACAGGUAUGCGCCAAUAUAGGCCAGCACAAGGAGAGUUUACGAGAGGUAGUGGGUCGAUUUGGACGGAAACAAUCUGAUUAUCGCGCUAAAGUGCAAGAAGUUUUGAGUGAGGCUGAUGGGCUUCUCUCGUUGUACGGCACGAGGGAACCUCUGGAAAAUCGGAAUAAGUUUAUGCCCAUUAUUGAUGAAGACUCGAGAGAAGAACCUGUGAUAGAAUAA